UCUCCAUCUAACACAAGUCCUCUGGGACAGCAGAGCUCACAAGCACCUGGGACAAGAGCCAAGAGGAACCAGAAGAAAAGCACCUUGCGUCAACAUGACUUUCAAGCUGGCUAUUGCUCUCUUAGCAGCUUUUAUGCUUUCUGCAGCUCUGUGUGAAGCUGCAGUUCUGUCAAGAAUUGGUUCAGAACUUCGAUGCCAGUGCAUAAAAACUCAUUCCACACCUUUCCAUCCCAAAUUUAUCAAAGAACUGACAGUGAUUGACAGUGGCCCACACUGUGAAAACUCAGAAAUCAUUGUAAAGCUCACCAAUGGAAAAGAGGUGUGCCUGGACCCCAAGGAAAAAUGGGUACAGAAGGUUGUGGAGAUAUUUUUGAAGAGAGCUGAGAAACAAAAUUCAUGAAACAAACACAUUCUCCAUGAUUUCCAAGAAUUCUUCCGUAAAGAUGCCAACAAAACUUCAAGCAAGCAAAUUUACUUUAGCAUUUCAUGUAGUGUGUGGGUCUGGUGUAGGAUUGCCAGAUAAAAUAGAGUAUGCCCAGUUAGAUCUGAAGAUAAAGUAAAAGAAUGAACAGUUUUAUUUUCGAUGUCUCAUUACAUUGUCCCAUACAAAAUCUAGACACACUUGUAUUUAACAUAUUAUUUACUGUGUACCUCAAAUUCAAAUUUAACUGGAAAUUCUAGAUAUAUUUUGCAGUUAUUGGUACAUCUUUCAACCUCAGUCUGCUGGCCAGGGUGCAGGAGUCCCUGCCCUUGGUUCCUUAUUUAUUGUUCAACUGGAGAAAAAGUAUCAGUCACCAUCCUGUCUCACAGAGACAUGAGGACAUGUGGAAGCACUUUAACUUUUUCUCAUGUCGUGUGAAUUAUGUGCAAGUGAAACUUGUUUGCCUAUUUAUUAUUAAUAUAUUUAUUUAAGAAACAAAUAGGGGAAUCUCUGUGUAUAUAUU